AUGACGAACCAAUCACAUUGGAAGGCCAGUCAUAAAUGACCUCAUUGGGUGUGGUAAUGGUAUAAAUAUACCUCACACAGCUAGCCUGUUUGACUUGUGAUUUGCUUUAUCCUUGUAAGGGUGUUGUUAUUUCCUACAGGGCUUAAAUAGCAGUUGAGCAGCACCACAGAAAAUGGCAUCUAAUCUUGUCAGUGUAUUCCUGCAGCAAGCCAUGCAAUCUAAUUAUCCUUCCCCCAGUGGACCAACAAUUACUCCAUUUCCUAACUUUGAUGCAAAUGCUGAUGCUGUUGCAUUAAAUAAUGCACUCCAUGCAAAAGGCGUGGAUGAAGAAACCAUCAUUCAUAUUUUGACAACACGGACCAAUUGGCAGCGGCAACGAAUAGCAGCAGAUUAUCAACAAAGUGUAGGAAAGCAACUGAAAGAUGUCUUGAAGAGUAAACUGUCCAGCAAACUGGAGAUUGUUGCACUUGACUUACUGCAAACUCCAGCCCAGUUCGAUGCACAUCAGUUGCAUUCUGCAAUGAAGGGUUUAGGUACUGAUGAAGACUGUCUGGUAGAGAUCCUGGUAUCUAGGAGCAACAAAGAAAUAAAGGAGAUUAUUAAAGCCUACAAAGAAGAAUUCAGCAGUGACUUGGAGGAACGGAUCAAGUCAGAUACAUCUGGGGAAUUCCAAAAAGCUUUGAUUGCACUACUUAAGGCAUCCAGAGAUGAAAGUUGUGCAGUGGAUCAUGAUCUUGCUGAUGACGAUGCAAGGGCCUUAUACGAAGCUGGUGAGAAAAGAAAAGGAACUGAUGUUGACACCUUCAUUAAAAUCCUUACAAGCAGAAAUUCUGCACACAUGCAGACAGUGUUUGAGAGGUACACCAAGUACAGUAAACAUGAGGUUGAUAAGGCCUUGGAUCUUGAACUGAAAGGGGACAUAGAAAAUGCUCUCAUAUCUUUGGUAAAAUGCACAGGAAACAAACCAGACUACUUCGCUGAGAAACUGUAUAAUUCAAUGAAGGGCUAUGGCACCAGAGAUAAAAUGUUGAUCAGAAUUCUGAUUUCCCGUUCUGAAGUGGAUUUGAAGGACAUCAAAGUGGCAUACAAAGCAAAAUAUGGAACAACCCUUUACAAAGCCAUCAAGGAUGACACCAAGGGAGACUACGAGAAAAUCCUGCUGGCUCUAUGUGGAAGUAAUGAAUGAUUAACAGAUGCUGAUCAAAGUGUCUGUGGAUAUGUUUGUUUUCAGCGAAGUUGUAUAAUUAAUGAAGCAAUGAAGCUAAUUCUAAAGUUGUUGAGUCAUGAUAUAAAUAUUGGCACAACAUUGAAUAUCCUGUUGGUGCAAAUAAAAUGUUCUGAAUUAAUCUUUCUUUUUGGAACCUGCCAUGCCAAUUGUUGCCCUCUUGAACACAUACAAUUAAAUAUAUGUUUAACUGCA